AUGUUCGAAGACUUCUCCUUCUCUUCCCCGUCGUCCAACGGGUCUCUGUGCCUCGCCAUCGACACGGAGGACAGGAACAUGACCGACUGUGAUAGCAUGGUUUCCCCGCUGUCGUCGCGCUGCCCGUCACCACCGACUUUCUAUCGCGUCCCCAGACCGCUGUCGCGCCAUAAAUCCUCACACUUUCGUCCUCUACCGCCAACCUCAAACCCAUACGACUCGAAGCGUCGUCUAUCGAUCACGACACUGACUCAGAAACUGCAUGCGCACACAUUGGCACACAACGAUGGGCAGGAACAGAGCGAAGACCAUGCCGUAUCACCCUCGAGUUCUACCUUUGGGUCAGAGGGUCCAGGGUCAGCCAAGUACGCAGGUUACGUUCUGACGCCUCCGGACACUGAUCACGACGAUGAGGGAUACGACGAGACGUCUUCACUGGCAUCUUUUUCUUACCCGAGCCCUCAUUCUCCUUUCCUCAGCCCCACUUCAGUCCCAUGCGAAUAUCUGCCCUCAGACACCAACAUUGAGUCAUCUUCAGAUGUGGAGAAAGGCAUGGGAGACGGCCACUUGCACGUUCGCUUGCAGCGGCAGCGGAUCUCUCGUUUGCAGUGCAACGCUAUGAGCGGUGUGGAUGCCAUCAAACUGGCUCUGCUCGCGGAGGAGGAACGGCGACAUCUCGAAUCGCUGGGUGAGGAUUGUCACCCCAGUUCUCUUCCACCGCUGUCUCCGCCAGGGCGUCGUGGAAGCGCCUUUGGAAGGAACCGUUUCCGCAGAGAGAGUGUCUUGGGCUCCUCUUGUGAUCGCUCGGGCGCUGACGCCAAAGGAAGGAGAAGGAGUGCUGCCAUCCCGGGCAGUACUUUGUCUCACCGGAUCGACAAGGGCCACUAUCAGGUUGCUGGCCGCGACCUCCGGCAAAAAAGCGAUCAGGAACUAAGAAGAAAGAGUGUUGUCUGUGCAGCUUUGGAAUCAUUUGCGUCUGAGUCAUGA